AUGAAGAGUCUCCUAGUACUCUUACUGUUCAUCUUCCCUGUUCAUGCAGCAAUUCCAAGCAUUAUCAACGGCAACUUGAUAAACAAAACCUGCAAGCAGACACCCUAUUAUGAACUUUGCGUGCGAUCUCUCAUAUCAAAUCCUCACAGCUUUAAUACUGACGUUAAAGGCUUAGCAAGGAUAAUGAUUUUAACCAUUGAUGCUAAAGCAACCCAUGCUCUUAAACAUAUCAACAACCUACUUCAACGCAGCAGCAGCUACAACAGCCUCAGCAAAAAAGAGAGACGAGAAUUGAAAGCUUGUGCUGAUCGUUACAGUGUGAUUAUUAAGGGAGACGUCCCUCAGGCAAUUGAUGCUAUGCGCACAGGUGACUAUAAGUUUGCUGAAGAAGGUACAUAUGAUGCUGCUGCUGAGGCCAUGUCUUGUGAAGAAGAAAUCUCUGGCCACCAUUCUCAGCUUUCUGAUAUGAAUAUGAUGGUUCAUGACGUCUCUGUUGUGGCUGGUUCCAUUGUUCAGAUAAUUCUAAGCAGUUAG